GUUUACAUUAGAUUUAUAUAUUCUAUGAAACAUUUUGGAUCAGUUUUAGUUUUUCGUACCUAUUGUUUAUUGCUUUCGUUUCUAACUAUUCGUUAACGAGUAUAUGUUUACGAUAAGUUGAAUAUGGCAGCUGCUUCGGUUCUAACGGACAUCCGGUCCAUGAUUGACCUAGCAAUUGGCACACCCGAGGUCGGCGUGGUGGACUUCUGCAUGCUGCACACGGUGCUGCACUGCCUGGCGCAGCAGAUUAACGCGCUGGACAGACCGGUGGAGCUGCUGGGCGGCGCCGCGCCGCAGGCCGUGCCCGCCGCCGGCAAGGACACGCAAACCGUCGCCAUCACCGAGUACAUCGUCGAGACCGACGCCACCACGCCCAUGAAAUCUAAGGCAGUAAAACCACCACCACCCCCUGUCGAGCCUACACUUUUAGUAGUGGAACGUGUCAAAAAGGAUUCCGCACCCUUAUCCUCUACGGAGGGAUCCGGGCUGAAAGCGAGACCCGACAAACCAGGAGCCGGCAAAACCGGUGGCGCUGGCAAGGUUGGUUCGGAGGGCCAAGAGGAAGGCAUGCCCGAAGAGGAAGGAGCUCAUGAAGAAGCCGUGAUGGGGGAGGAAGGCAAACACACGGAGCCCCGCCAGAUGACGUCAUCGGAGAAACUAUCUCUGGUGACUUUGAGCAAGUUUAACCUGCUCGAGAGCGCUGUUCAGGACCUCAAGGAUCGUGUUUAUGGUAGUAUGCCAAAGAACGAGCAGAUAUUAGAGGAAGUCAGAUCUCAAACAAACAUGAAGGCAAUUACUGACAUGUGGACGAAUUUGAACGUAUCGUCUCGACUGGAAGCUGCUGAGACGGGUCUUGCCAAGCUUAGCUCUCUGGUGGAAGACCUGAUAAGGGAAGGCGGUCCGAGACCGGGGGGAAUAGGUACGGCGGCAGGAACGGCUCUGGGAACGGCGACAGCCGGCGCCGGCGGCGGCGGCGGCGGCAGCGGCGCAGGGUCAGCGCCGGCGACGCUCGCUACCCCCUCGCAAACUGACCAAAUGCAAGAAGGGCAAGUUGGGCAAGGCGGACAAUCAGUUUCUGCCCGGCAGUGGGAAGCCCUGGCGGCGGAGACGGCUCAGGACCGGGACAUGAUGCGGCACCAGCUGGCUCGCCUGCGCGCCGACAUCGACCUCUUGAACAAGACCUUCUAUGACGCGAUGCAGAGCCUUCAAAGCAAUUUAGAUCUAAAGGAACAAAUCACACUGCCACCACCGCCGGAGCCCGCCCCGGUUGAAGAGCUGCUCGCCCCGCGGCCCCUGCCUGAGCCAUUGCCAUCACCCGGUAGACCACCGGCGACCGCGGGUGGCCAAAGUGCACCAGCGUCGCACCCGUCGGCGGGGUUGACGGCGGCGGUAACGGACCGGCUGGCCGAACUCGAGCAGCGCAUCAAGGAGUGCUGCGAGGGCAUGGGCAAGGACAAGGGGACUGUCCAGGAUCAGUUGAAUAAUUUCCAAGACCAGCUUGAUCACCUUAUGCGUCAAGUUGGAGCUCUCCAUGACGACCUCGGCGUACUCAAGCUUUCACCUAAUUUGGCCAAAGAUUUGGAAGGUCUGCUGCAGCUGUACCAGACAGUGCAGGAUAUGCAGGAGCAGUUGCAGCAGGUGAACGAGGUGGCGCGCCAGCUGGCCGGCGAGAAGGAUGACCGCCAUCAACAUAUCAAAGCACUUCUGGAGCAAAUCGAAAUCCUGAAAACAAUCAAAAUGGACCGAGAAGACAUGGCAGAAGCCAUGGCUGAGAAGGCGGACCUGCGCAUGCUGGCACGGAAGGUCUCCCACGAUCAGUUUGAGAUGGCUUGCGACGAUCUUUCCAGAGGUCUGGAACACGCCCUCGGGAAGCUCAAUACACAGGAAGCACUAUGGCAGCAGGUGUUGGACGACGUGCAGCGUGAGAUUGAGAGCAAGCUGGACAAGAUGGAGCUGUCGCCGCUGAAGGAAUUCUUCGAAACCAAGCUACGCUUAUUACAAGACAACCUGAAGCAGAUGGCGUCGCUACGACGAAAUGUCGAGGCGGCGGGCACCAAGAGGCGAUUACUAAGAGAGGUAAACUGCAUAUCCUGCGACGCAGAUGCCGUGAUGCCAUUAGAGAACACCGCUGCGAUACCGAGCAAGCCUUUGCCAGCCCAUUUGUCCAUGAAACCGUACCUUAGUUAUGAACUAGACACGAUUCGCAAGACACAAGCAAGCAACAUUCCGCAGCGUAACCUGCACGACUGGGAAACCAUAGAAAAGCAAAAGGCUCCAAAAGCACCCGUAAAAGUUAGAUCAGAUACGGACAAGCACAUUUGCAACCGCUACUGCGGCGGGUCUCACACGACGACCACCCCGGCGCAGCGGGUGGCGCGCACCGGCCACUUCAUCAAGCAGUGGGGGCCGGACGUGGUGCCUCUCUCCAGCGGCCUGGCAGCCGGCGACGACGGCAGGCUGUACAAAGUUACUACUACGGAAAACGCUAACGUUGGACCAGGUGGAUCAGUGGACCAGACUUGCACGAAAAAGCCGAAGUCGCCAGAGCCUUCCAAGACGCAGCCAAAGGCGCCGGCUAUAAUUCUAAAUAAGGAAUGUCGCUGCAUGGACGGGGGUGCUUAAACCCUUGCAUUUGCAGUACCUUAUUUAUUUUGAUGAAUGGAUCAGCUGAGAAGUUUUUUUCGAAUAAAACUAGACUGUUUCAUAAAAUCACUGCAUUUGCCGACAUCGUAAAUUACUAAUCGUCACUAUAUUAAAGACUAUAACUUCCAAACUUUGCAUUUUAAUGUCAUUAAUAUUAACUACCUACCAAUUCACUUUUUACUCGGAUUUUUUUUUCUAGUCCUACAAACAAGGGUAGGUAAAUUACUAGGCAUUUAAUCAUUUAAUAUUAACCACUCAAAUGUUUGCCAGCAAUGAGCGUUUUCACAUUGGGCGAUCCGAUAUCAGAGUAGAAUGUAGGUAUAAAAUAUUGCUAUCUGUAUUUAUUUAUCCAUGGAAGAAUCUAAAAAAAUGAAUUAGGCACUUGCAGUAAUUUCAGGCACGUGUGAUCCCGACAGCUGCCGGACCGACAUAUUCGUAGGCUUUUUCUCGGAUGCCGGAUAUCAGAUGAUCUACGUCCAAUAUCGGGUCGUACUGUAUGAAAUCGCCCUUACAAGGAUGCUUGACAACAUAUAAGCUUAUUUAUUAUACAAUGUUCUAUCUAAGUCAAAGAACAGAGCUAGAUAAUUAAAAUCAUACACCAAACAUGCCAAUAGCAUAUAGCUGAAACCACAGCGAUUGAAUUAACCCAAGUAUUGCUUAAAAUAGUAUAUAUUUACAAGAAUCAGUAGAACAUAGGUUUAUCACAAAAAAUACACUCGACAUGCAUAGCGUUGAAGGUUUGCAACCGUCAGCGCCGCCGUCCGGAAGGGCUUGGCCGCCUCCAGCACCUGCGUCCCCUGCGACCCGCACCACAGCGUUCCCUGUCCUCGUGCAAGGGUGCACUCUCAAACAUCAUUUUGAUUCAAACAAAAGGCAAGUAUGACCAUUAAGUAAUGAAAUUAACUGCGCUUUCAUAUAGUUGCAUCUGUAGGGUUAAAUUAUACGGCUAUUGAUGAACCAAAGAUUUCCUUUGGCAGGAUUGAUCAUUAGGGCCCAAGGAUGGAUUUAAGAAGUGGGGCCACAGUGAUUUUUGAUGUUAGUAUUUUUGAGAUUUUGGUAGCUUCUACUCUGGAGGAAAAUAGGGUCUCAAUCUGUAUAGAGGCACUCAUUAUGCUACUAUUCCAAGAUUGGUACAAUAAUUGUAUGACUUAAGGAUGUCGAAUACAUUAUAUGACACAUAUGUGCACGAGAAACAUGUUAAACUACGUAAAAUAAUAGUAAUUUAUACAAUCGUGAUAUAAUACAAAGCUUUUCAGUCGAGUACCAUGUUUAGGCCGGUACGGUAGUACGGUACGAGAGUGAAAAGCUUAAUUAUAUCACUAUAGUAUACAA